AUGCUCAACAUGGAUCCCUCAAGUGACCCGGUUUCAAACGUCACUUCAAUAGUUGUAUACAAUCUGCAAUAUCAGCAUGAUUGGGUCUCCCUCAAAAUCCAUGAAACAACAACUCAGCGACCUCUGAUCAGAGGUUUGCCGCCGAAACGGCUUUACACCCACCCUGAUGACCAGAUCGCUGCCCUGGAACGUGAGAGGACCACUGGGGAACCUCUGGAUCAGACACCGGAGCUCGAAUGGGUGUUGGCAGUACAUCCCGAAGAGAAGUGGUCUAUCAAGAGAUUCUCCGAGAUUUUUGACUCGGUCGAGCGCAAUGGCCCACGAGAGAAGAGGCUUGUUCUAGCCAUCGUGCAUAACGAUUCCACGGUUGUCUACUAUCUAAUGCAUGAGGGCAUGGUCAAGCCUCGGCAAAACUAA